UUGGGCAACGCCUUCCCGAAAAGCGGCCCCCUCCGCAGCCCGGAAAAUCAAGACCCCGCGCGGCGGCGACCGGACAUGCUCACUGGCGCGGGUCGGGGCCUCAGCCCCGGCAGGAAGCGCCCGCGCUAGGCGGUCCCCCGUGCUGCCAGCUGGAGUCGGGCGGAGCCGGCGCUCCAGCGCAGGGUGGCUCUGCCAGUCCCCGCGCGCCUGGGCGGCCGCACACGUAUCCAAGCGUCACGUCCGCGCGCGCCCCCGGGGCUUGCGUCAGCUGCCGCUCCAGGAGCGAGUGGGCCGUGGUUCUGCGCACCGCUCGGCUUCGGGUCCGCGACGCCUCCGGGAGGAGGAGUCUGGGGGCGCGGAGGGGUGUUCGGAGCGCCGGGGACCGCGGAGAUCGUCAGCGCGGUUCGGCCCCCCCCCCCCCACGCCUGCCCGGCGCCGACCGCCUCCGCUGCUCGGUCCCGGGCUGGGCGCGGUGGCGUUGCCCAGGAGCCCGCCGCCCGCGGGGCGCGCACCGCCUUGACCCCGGCGGCCCCGCGGCAGGCAGGCGCCCGCAGUUCCAUGGUUGGUUCGGAGCGCGAUGAGCCGCCCGUCCUCCACCGGCCCCAGCGCUAACAAACCCUGCAGCAAGCAGCCGCCGCCGCAGCCCCAGCACGCUCAGUCCCCGACUGCGCCCCCGGCCGCCGCCACCAUCUCGGCUGCGGGCCCCGGCUCGUCCGCGGUCCCCGCCGCGGCGGCGGUGAUCUCGGGCCCCGGCGGCGGCGGGGCUGGCCCGGUGUCCCCGCAGCACCACGAGCUGACCUCGCUCUUCGAGUGCCCGGUCUGCUUUGACUAUGUCCUGCCCCCCAUCCUGCAGUGCCAGGCCGGGCACUUGGUGUGUAACCAAUGCCGCCAGAAGUUGAGCUGCUGCCCGACGUGCAGGGGCGCCCUGACGCCCAGCAUCAGGAACCUGGCUAUGGAGAAGGUGGCCUCGGCAGUCCUGUUUCCCUGCAAGUACGCCACCACGGGCUGUUCCCUGACCCUGCACCACACGGAAAAGCCGGAGCACGAAGACAUCUGUGAAUACCGCCCCUACUCUUGCCCUUGUCCCGGUGCUUCCUGCAAGUGGCAGGGGUCCCUGGAAGCCGUGAUGUCCCAUCUCAUGCACGCCCACAAGAGCAUCACCACCCUUCAGGGAGAAGACAUCGUCUUCCUGGCCACAGACAUUAACCUGCCGGGGGCCGUGGACUGGGUAAUGAUGCAGUCGUGUUUCGGCCAUCACUUCAUGCUGGUGCUGGAGAAGCAAGAGAAGUACGAGGGCCACCAGCAGUUCUUCGCCAUCGUUCUGCUCAUUGGCACCCGCAAGCAGGCGGAGAACUUCGCCUACAGACUGGAAUUGAACGGGAACCGGAGGAGACUGACCUGGGAGGCCACGCCCCGGUCCAUCCACGACGGCGUGUCCUCGGCCAUCAUGAACAGCGACUGCCUGGUGUUCGACACAGCCAUAGCGCAUCUCUUUGCAGAUAAUGGGAACCUCGGAAUCAAUGUGACUAUUUCUACGUGUUGUCCGUGAUGCACCGAAAUGAUUUGGGCAUAGCGCUCUAUGGUUAAUAAAGGUUUUUAUAGAUGUUUUA